AUGAAAGAAUUCACAAAGUCUCUGUGGCAUUGUGUGAUGACUGUGAUGACAUAUGAUCCAAUCAACCUACAUUCAAUUUAUCCUUUAAAGUCCUUAAAAGAGGAGUUGUUGAAAAAAAGAGCAAAACUUGAAGAACUUCGAAGAGCAAGAGAAGAAAGAAAACUAAAAGAAAAACCAGAGGAACCUAAAGAGAAACCUGUAGAAAAAGCUAACCCGGUUGACAGAAAAAACGAGUUAAAUAAACUUCUCGCGGAACUUAUACCCAGAGCUGAUCCAAUAGAAACUGCGCUUGAAGAAAAACUUGACGAAAAUAAGGAUGUCACACCCUUACCUGACGAGUCGCAACCGACAAACGUUUCCACUCCUACUCCGAUAGCUCCUUCAAGUCCAUCAAUACAAGGAAGUCGUUUUAUUCCCGAUUUUGUCACCUUCGAAGCGGUCAUAUUAGAUAUUCCUCCAAAGGAAAUUGUAUUUUAUAAUAAAGAAGUACAAACUACAGACACCUCUUUUAUUCCUCCACCACCUUCGGAGGAUGAAAUUCGUGCAAAGAUUGUUAAAGAAUUUGAAGAAAUCGAACGACAACGUAAAGCCCAUGAAGAAGAAGAAAAAAUUAAAGCUGAAAUCGAAAAGAAAAAGGAAGCAAAAUUAUGGGAAUUAUCCGACGAAGAAAAGAAGAUUAUUCUUAAUUCGCCGGAAUUUAAAGAAUUCAUUGAUCUUUCUACAAAACAUGUUGAAAGAGCGAUCAAUGAAAAUUAUGAUUUCAUGAGAGAUUACCGAGCUGAUGAAGAACUUGAUGACAUCGAUGAAGGAGGUCCACGUUUAAAGUACUUGUGCUCGUAUUUUGAUGAUCGAUGGACCAAAAAUCGAUCUGUUACCGAUGUAAAUUGGUCAAGCAAGAACCCAGAAUUAUUUCUUGGAUCUUACAAUAAGAAUCCAUAUGCAAUCAAUGAUCCAGAUGGUAUCGUUUGUGUAUGGAGCUUACGUUUGUUGGAACGUCCUGAAUUUAUUUUCCACUCACAGUCGGACGUUCUUACGACAAUGUUUUCUGAUUUCCACCAAAGUUAUAUUAUUGGAGGGACAUAUUCUGGUCAAAUUUUACUUUGGGAUAUGAGAGCCAAAUCGUUACCGGUCCUUAAGACUCCUUUAGGAGCUUCGGGUCAUACCCAUCCUAUAUAUUCAAUGCAAAUGGUCGGAACACAAAAUGCUCAUAACCUGAUCACUGCAAGUACGGAUGGUUUAGUUUGUUCAUGGCAAUUAGACAUGUUGACUCAACCACAGGAAUCUUUGGAACUUGUUCAUUCGGAUCAUCCUAAAACCGAAGAAGUUUCAGUUACAACUUUUGGUUUUCCUGAAAAUGAAACUUCUGCUUUUUGGGUUGGAACAGAGGAAGGCAAUGUUUAUCAAGCAAAUAGAUUUGGACAUGCCGGAGGAAAAGCUGGUAUCAAUCCGUAUGACACUUAUAAAGGACAUUGGGGACCUGUUACAGGACUCCAUUUCCAUCCUCUCGAUGGUCCAAUAGAUUUUUCGGAUUUAUUCUUGACAUCAUCAGUUGAUUGGACUGUUAAAUUGUGGCGUUCCAAGUCCGUAUCUAAACCAACGGCUGGUGCACAAAAUAUUGUACCGUUAUAUUCCUUUGAAGGGGCAGAUGACUAUAUUUAUGACGUGAAAUGGUCACCCACAAAUCCUGCCUUGUUCGGAUGUGUGGAUGGAAAAGGAUAUUUCACCUUAUGGAAUUUGAAUAUGGAUACUGAAUUACCAAUUGUAAAUAGUAAAGUCAGCGAUCGCGCGUUGAAUAAACUUCAAUGGGAUCAAGAAGGAAAGAAAGUAGUCAUUGGAUCUUCAGACGGUCGUGUACACGUUUAUGAUGUCGGCGAGGUAAUUUGGUUGAAGUUUUAUUGA